AAAACGAGAAAUAUCACAGGUUGUACUCGAAGAAAAUGAAGAAACUUCGACAUUCAUUGAGUAGAAAAAUCUUUACCGACAUGAGAUAAUGAAGAAAGGUUCAAAUUUCCAAGGAAACUGUAGUUAAUUCGUACUUGGUUUGAACAACUAUGUUAUAAACACAAUGGAASCACAGGAAUCCCAUCACCAUCAACAGAACUYAUAUUCACAAAAAAUGGAAUAGCAAUAUAAUAUARCACAAUUGCAACAAAUUAAUCAAAUGGCUGGCGUAACUGGUCAAUUUGAUGACUGUGAAGAUAGCCCACGGGAAGUUGACCUCUUGACAGAAGAACAUGUUGAAGAUCUGCUUGAUGCCGUUGAGUGUCUCAGAGGAAAAGUUGAACAAUUGCAAGUUCAAUGUGAAAAGUUGAUGUAUGAAAAGGGACAGUUAGAAGAUCAGGUGAUUCAAUGUGAAAAAGAUUCAUUGGAUAAAGAAACUUACUACGAAAAACAACUUAGUUCAUUAAGAACGGUGAACACACAAUUAAUGGCCCAGGUGGAAUCCAAGCAAGAUUCAAAUGAGAUUCCAUCCUGGGCUAAGACAAGUCUUGAUGCAGAAAUUGCCGUGAAUGAUAAACUGGAGGCAGAGAAAGAGGUCAAAUCAUUACAAAUAGWACUCAGAGAAAAAGACAAGCAAAUAUCAAACCUUGAAUGGCAAGUCAUGGAUGCCGAAUCCACAGUUACAUCAAUACAAGCUGAACGAGAUAGAYUAGCAGUAGAGCUGGAUUGCAUGCUKGCAAGAGAAGAGGAGAAUUUAGAAUCCUAUCAAGACUAUUCCGAUGAUCRCACUGUAUUUUCAGAUGAUGAAUAUGACAAUCCAAAAUUGCAACAUUCGCACAAGAAGCAUKCUYGCAGACACCUCAGUGAUCUCACACGGCGUGAGGAUUCUCARAUUGAUGAUUUCACAGACUUUGUUCGUAAUGGAAGACAUGUUUCAACAUUAUCAAACAAUGACGUCACUUCAGCUGCGGAUGCCGAGUUUCUUGGCGGACUAAAAAGAWCAACUAAUUUUAAUAACAUCAACAACAUGGAUGAAUUCACUGAUUUUCAUCAAGAUAAUGUUGAUGGUCAUAAUUCUCAAUCACUCGAUUUCUCAGCUUCCUGCCCMUCUACUAUUUUGAAAUCGCUAUCUUCAAAUUCAAAUUGGCAUAGCUUUGGCAGUGAUUCAGAUAGYGGAGUGUUGCCAUCAAAAAAUAACCAAUCAGAAUCCUGGGAUUUGUGUGAUUURCCUUCAAAUCAACCAGUAAAUGAGGGUGCUUAUGAAGAGGGUUGUUUUGAUGAUGCUAGUGAUUGGGCUCUUGAUGCCCAACCUGCACCACUAGGGUCUUUGGUUAGUUGUAAGAAUGGGUCAUGCAGGAGUUCUUCAUCAGCGUAUUUUAGYGAUAAUUCUACUGGACAAGAUCCCUGGACAUUUACUCCGGACAGUAUUAUUGAUGUCUCUACUGGUGAAGAAAUAAAGCUGACUCCUUCAGGAAGCAAAAACUCCUUGGGAUCAGACAGCGAAGCCAAUAAUCUUCAAUCACCAAAAACUGACAUUUCAAAACAUCAAGAUACUAUGCACCAAGCCGUUAGCGACYCUACUAGYGAAAAUACACCAACUGUAAAAGACAAAUUAGAUUCCUCGAUUAUUCAGGACAACCCUAUAACUUUAAUGCAAGAUAAUUAUAAACAUGACUCUAAAAUCAGUGAAAGAAAUGGUUUAAUACAACACACUAAAGAUGGAGUUUUUUGUGAAGGAUUUGAAAGGACUGCAUCAGUGAGGAGUGAUGGAGCUAUGGCUUCAACUACUAAAGAACCUGUACAUCAUGAAAGGAUUAACAGUGAGCCUUUACCUAACAGUCCAACAAGGAGUUUGUCUGAAGGGAAGGAGGGAGUUAUUAAACUGCAGGCGUAUCAGAAAUGGAGGUUGAGUGGAAAGAARGGGCAGCCACCAGCCAAACUGAAAAUCUCACAAUGCUGAUUUUCCUUGCUAUUCCUCCAAAGUCAAAAGAGACUUGUAUACUGAAAAUACUGCUGCAAAGACUGAUAAUUAUYGGUAGAUAUACACCGUUUGGUGAUGGUACAGACAGUUGACAUGCUGUACAAUCUUUGGUUUUAGAAUACUGUUGGUUUAAGCUGAAUUAGUUUGAUAUGAAGAAUUAUUGGCGAAAUGUAACGGUAUGAUGAUAUGACUAGUGGUAAAGACUGAGGGAUAUGAAGAUUUAUUUGUUGAUGCUUAGUACAAYAUGAUAAGUUAUUAGUUGAAGGGAUAUAUAAUAUGAAGAAUUAUUGGUUGAUAUUAAGUAUGAUAUGACGAUGAUAUGGUAUGGUCACAGAACCUCUCAUGUAAAAUAAACGUAAUGAUUCAAGACAACAUCAUUGACAAUGGUGAGGAACAGUGAUGCCAUGAAUUUCCAGUUUUUGCAAAAUCUUGUAAAAUCUGCUAUAAUAUUUGUUGGGUGGGGACUAUUAUGUUAGUAUUAUCUAGCAACAUGACAUUUAUUUCAUGUCUGUGGAUACAGCCAGGGAAUGUAAAAACUGCAUAUAAAAAUAACAAAGAAACCUUUGAAAAUAACUUUACAAAUAGAAUAAUUAUUAUAUAUA